UAGUUUCUUCCAAAGGAUUAGAAUUUAGCAAGAAGGGUUGCUUUGUGUUAUCUUCUUGACCUCUGUGUUUUUCUUUCCUUGUAUGUUACUUAUUAAGAGCAGCAGCAUGACAAAAGCCAAUCAGUCUCUGUAUUUAAACUUCCCCUCGAAUUUCUAAACAGUUGUUGCUAUUUUUGUAUGUUUGGCUUUCUUUUGGAGAUAAGAGGACUGGUAAAAUCUUUGAUUUGAAUCAUGUUCUACUAAGAAGAAUCAGAUCAAGGUCGUGACUGAGAAUUAUCAAACUCCGUUUACCCAGUUGGACAAUUUGGACAUAAAAUUUAGAUUUACCCAGUUGCAAAACUGACCCAAAUAUGAAUACAAAGACAUAGGAAAAGGAAGGUUUGGCGGCCUCUUUAUUAUCUCCUCUGCUUCAAUUAGUGUGUUUCUACUUUAUUCAAUCAGAGUCUAUCAAGAAGUGUACGCUUUUCAGGGAACAAAAACAAUGGAUAAUGUUGGUCCAAUUUUCGAGAUUGCAAAAAUGAUAUUUGCUCCAAUUUGUGAAUACUACAAUAAUUAUAGAGGCGCUGAUGAACGUAGGAUAAUUCUCAAGAACAAAUGGCGGGAUUUAGAACGUCGGAAGUUAGACACAGCCUCUAGACUGGAAGCACAACUUCUUCCAGGAAAGAAACCAAAGGAAGAAGUUCAAGGAUGGAUCCAAGAUGUAGAAAUGAUGAAUGAUGAAAUAGAAGCCAUUGAACACGAAGCUGGAGAAGGGAAGUGUUUCUCACGUGCACACAUAGGAAAACUUGCUUUGAAGAAGAUAGGAGAGGUGGAAGAACUUUAUCAAAGGGGUGCUUUCACUGAUAGUUUGGUCAUUGAUCCACCUCCAAGCAACGGAGAAAUAAUGUCAACACCAACUUUGAUUGGGGAAAGCACUGCUGAAAGAGUAAAGGAAGAAAUUUGGGCAUGGUUGUUGGAUGAUGAUGUUAGAAAGAUUGGCCUUUAUGGAAUGGGAGGUAUAGGGAAAUCGACUGUCAUGGAGCACAUCAAUAAUCGUAUAUUAAAAGAGAAAAAAAAUUUUGACUUUGUCAUUUGGGUCACUGUUUCAAAGUCUUUAAAUGUUAUCCAACUACAACAUGAGAUUGCAUGCAAGUUGAAGUUAGAUUUCACAGAAGUUGAGGAUGAAAGAGGAAGGGCUGCCAAGUUAAAGGCAGAAUUGGAAAAGAGGAAGAGGUUUGUGCUAAUCCUAGAUGAUAUGUGGAAAGCAUUUACUCUUGCACAAAUAGGAAUUCCAGAGCCUAAUUCAGCAAAUGGAUGCAAAUUAGUAUUGACAACUCGUCUUCAUGACGUUUGUCUAGCAAUGAGUUGUAAGGAUAUUAGAAUGAAGCUUCUUUCAAAAGAGGAGGCACGGAAGUUGUUUUUGGAUAUAAUGGAGCGUGAUGUUUUUAAAAUUCCAAAUUUAAAACCAAUGGCAGAAGAUGUUCUUAAAGUAUGUGCACAAUUGCCUCUUGCAAUUGUUACAAUAGCUGCAAGUUUCAAACCCUUAAUCAAGGAUUAUGAGUGGAGAGUUGCAUUGGAAGAGUUGAAGACAUCAGUAAUAAGGACCAACGAUGAAGAUGAGCAGGUACUUGAGAAGCUUAAAUUUAGUUAUGAACGAUUGAAAGGUGAGAAACUUAAACAAUGUCUCUUGCAUUGUGCACUAUUCCCUGAAGACUUCAAGAUUAACAAACAAGAGUUGAUAGAACAUUUGAUUGAUGAGGGAAUUAUUGAAAGAAAGAAGAGUAGGCAAGCGGAGUUUGAUAUGGGCUAUACAAUAUUGAGUAAACUUGAAAAUGCUUGCUUAUUGGAAGGUGGAAAUGAUUUCUACAAGGGAGAGUUUGUGAAGAUGCAUGAUUUGGUAAGAGACAUGGUCCUCCGGGUUGCAAGUCCUGAAUUUAAGGUAGGUCAUUUGGGAUUGGAGGAUUUUUCAGAUGAAGGAAAAUGGAGAGAGGAUCUUGUAAAGGCUUCUUCAAUGUUCAACAAAAUAUCAAGAAUUCCUUCUAAUGUAUCACCAAUGUGUCCUAACCUUUCAACCUUGUUGCUGCAAAAUAACCGGUCAUUAGAAGCUGUCCCAGAUUCUUUGUUUAAGCAUUUGCAUGUGCUCAAGGUUCUUGAUCUAUCGUAUACUGGCAUUAAAUCUCUGCCGAAUUCUGUCUUUAGCUUGGAGAAUCUUACUACAUUAAGGCUUAGAAUGUGUCGAAACUUGAAGCAGGUGCCUUCAUUAGCAAAACUUACAACUUUGAGGAAGUUGGACCUUUGGGAAACAAAGAUUAGGGAAGUACCUGAUGGUUUAGAAAUGUUGGUCAACUUGACAUACCUCACUCUGUAUCUAAAAGUCAUGCCACUUGGGAUUUUACCAAAACUUUAUCAUCUCCAGUACCUCGUGUUUGAUUCGCCAAAAGUGAACGAAGAGGAGAUAGCAAGCUUAAAGGAAUUGGAGACUUUUGUAUGCAAUUUUGAUGACGUGGACAAGUUCAGUACCUAUAUCAGAGCCAUGGAGAACAGGCAACUUGCAUGUUACCGAAUUCAGGUGGGAAAAAAAACACGGGCCGCUCUACUUUAUCGUCUUCUGGCCGGUUGUAUGGGAAAAAAUUUUUGUAAAAUUUUCAGUGGCAAAGAAGUAAUAUUAAGUCACGAGUGCAAUUUAAAAAGAGGAGAUGAGUCCUUGGUGCUACCAAAAGACGUGCAAUUCCUACAAAUUGUAAGAUGUCAUGACUUAAGAAGCUUAUGUGAUGUUCCAUCUUUGAGGCACACAAGUCAAUUACAGGGUAUAAAGCUUAAGAGUUGCCAAGGAAUACAGCACAUUCUUUCCUUUUCUUCUUCUUGUAUCCUUCCUCUUCUUCAAACUCUCGAGAAAUUAGAGCUUUGGAACUUGCGUAACUUACGCGUAUUGUUUAGGAAAGAGAAAGCUGCUGAUGAAUUUGAAGAAGAAGAACUAGAGGAGAAAGGAAUGGACACUACCAAAAUCACUCUCCCCAAAUUGAGGGUUUUGAGUCUGCGUUACCUACCGGAACUGAAGACCAUCUGCAGUAGUAGUAAAGUAAUAGUUUGUGAUUCUCUUGAAACUAUUGAGAUAAGGAAAUGUCCGAAGCUGAAGAGACUCCCUCUCUCUCUGCCCCUUCCUAGUAAUGGACAACUAUCUCCUCCCCCUUCUCUUAAAGAAAUUGUAGCAGAUGAAGAAUGGUGGGAAUCGCUGGAGUGGGACUCUCCCGACACUAAGAAUAUCCUUCAACCCUUUGUCCAUUCCCAUAAAUUCUAAGCAUGGAAUCACAGAGCUAGGACUUC